CGCGCGCUCACCUCGACCGGUUGUCAGUUCACAAACUGGUUUGGCGGUGACGAUAGGCACAGUGUUGAUAUACCAAAGUGCAGAGUUCGGUGUUGUUGUGUGCAGUUCCGAUGGAUUGUUCCGUUCUGGAUAUGGAAGACAAACCUUACAGUGUUGAUAGUUCUGACGAUAUUAAUAUCGAAGAAGAAGAAGACGAGCAUAUUGAAAUAAAUCACAGCUAUCCAGCUGACUUCCCGCUGGAGGCGCUGGUGAAGCUGGAGCGGCCGUCGCCGCCGCUGCCGACGCCGCCGCGUACGCCCACCGACGACACACCGCCCGCCGUCGUUAUAUCGCGACACCAACCAGCUUGGCCACCGGCAUACGCAACCUACCCGCGCCCCGCGACCACCAUGCAGACCCAGUACCCUUACGACAAAGCGCCGCAGCCUUACUCCCAUCCGAUGUCAGCAUACAUGCAAGCUCAAGUCGCCACCUUACCACCUACAGCCCCCUACCAUGCUAUGCUCGUCAACCAAUGGAUCAGAAAUGCAGCCUUGUACCAUCACACGCUAAGAUACCCAGGAGCGAUGGCGCACAGGCUACCAGGAAGAAAUCCACCACCAAUGCGAGCGCCAGGCGUGCCCGGCGCGAGGCCUAAGAAGCAAUUUAUCUGCAAAUACUGCAAUCGGCAGUUCACCAAAUCCUACAAUCUACUGAUUCAUGAGAGGACCCACACGGACGAGAGACCUUAUUCGUGCGAUAUCUGCGGAAAAGCUUUCAGAAGACAGGACCAUUUACGAGACCAUAGGUAUAUUCAUUCAAAAGAGAAGCCAUUUAAAUGUACAGAAUGUGGAAAAGGUUUCUGUCAAUCGAGGACAUUAGCGGUUCAUAAGAUUCUUCACAUGGAAGAGUCUCCCCACAAAUGCCCAGUUUGCAGCAAAAGUUUCAACCAAAGAUCUAACCUGAAGACUCAUCUGUUAACACACAGUGAUGCAAACAAACAUCACUUGGAGCACCUCGAGGGUUGUCAAGAAGUAUCAUCAACGAGUCAAGUUGCUGAGAGUCCACUCCUUGACCUUUCACAUAAACCAUCAUCACCUCCAGUACAAGUAUUCCAAGCACAUCCUUCACCAUCAAAUUCACAAUCACCCACAGAACCUCCUAAAAGACCAUUAGGUUUUUCAAUAGAAGAUAUCAUGAAACGUUAAAUAUAAUGUUAGGUAAUACAUAAACUUUGUAGAAAGUGAUUUUAUCAUAUAGAUAACUGGUUUAAAGUUCGAUGUAAAUGGACGUCAAUGAACUUUUGUUAUCGAAUAUCACAAGAUGUGAAAACAGCAAAGAAAUAGAGGCAUUCUGUUACUGUAACUUUUAAUAUAAUAUAGCCAAAGAAUUUCU